UGUGCGUCUGCAGAACUGGAAGUGCUCUGAAAGCUUUUCUCUGAAGGAAAAAGAAACCCUUUUGAAGGAAACAGCAUUGACUCUACAUCCAGGUGAUCAUGGAAAAUGUAUCAGCAGUGACAUCCUUCAUUUUUACAGCAUACACUGAACUGGAAGAUCACAGAUAUUUAUACUUCAUAUUUUUCCUUCUUUCAUACGCAGUGAUAUGGUUGGUCAAUUCAGUUCUAAUUUUGGUAAUAUGCAUUGAGAGAAACCUGCACGAGCCCAUGUAUUUGUUUAUAUGUAACUUAACAGUAAAUGGACUUUUUGGGAGCACAUCUUUAUUACCAUCUAUGCUUGUCCUUUUGUUAUCUGUCCAUUAUGAAAUAUCUGUAACAAAUUGUCUAUUACAGGUAUAUGCUUUACACUCAUAUGCUACAGUUGAAUUUACUAUUUUAGCAGUGAUGAGUUAUGACCGUUAUGUUGCUAUUUGUCACCCAUUACACUAUCACCUCCUCAUGUCUCCUAGAAAAGUUUUUGUAGCCAUUGUAUUAUCCUGGAUUAUUCCUCUUCUAUUCUUUGCCCUUUAUUUCAUAAUGACUGUUCAACAUUCAUUUUGUGGCAGGAUCAUUGAAAAAGUCUAUUGUACAAAUUUUCCUUUAGUUAAACUCUCUUGUUUUGAUACCACUGUUCAGAACUUUGUUGGACUGGCAUUAACUUUUGUUUCACCUUGUUCUCAGAUUGUCUUGAUACUGUUUUCCUAUGCACAAAUACUCAGAAUCUGCAUCUUUGCUUCUAAGGAAUCUCAAAUCAAAGCUCUUCAAACAUGCACCCCACAUGUACUGUCUGUGAUUAAUUUUUCUGUGGGAUGCUUAUUUGACAUAAUCCAGAGUCGUUUCAACAUGAGUCAUGUACCUCAUAAAGCUCGCAUAUUCAUGUCCCUUUACUUUGCGAUAAUUCCCCCAUUGUUUAAUCCUCUCAUUUAUGGAAUUAGUAUUACAGCCAUACGAGUUCAUAUUUUCAAGUGGUUUAUUGUUAUAAAGAAAAGGUAAAUGAACUCUGCUGUAGGUGAUGAUGAAAUAAUUUCCUGUCUCUGUCAGUUUUGAUCACUGAGUAAUCAGUUUUAAUGGAUAGUACACUUUCUGAGGUUUUAUUUGACUUUCUGGCAAUAUUAUGUCAGUUGUGUGUUUUUCAAUUCAUCCAGGCAGUUUUGGGUGCGGUCAAGGAUAAUUUAGACAAG